UUUAGCUAUCUUACGCCCGACGUUGGAAAUAUAAAGAACUUCUAACUUUUUCAUUUUUAUUUUUACUUUGUAUGGUGUGGGCCUUAAGAUGAAUUUAAAUGAUGAAACAUAGUCAAUGAGGAUUUAAUAUCUGCCGAUCCCAGCUUGUUUGAGACUGAGGUGGUAGUAGUAGCAGUAGUUGUUGUUGUUAAACAUGAAAACAACAAAUUCACAAACAAAUGAAGAAUUAAAAAGAAACGACCAAAGAAUACCCAAAUUUUGGUGGGGAUCGGAUUGGAGUUUCCUUAGGUAGUGACCAACCUACAGUUAUCAUUAAACUUCCGUGCAAAAAGCAAAAAGUUUACAGAGUGUUAUGCAUCUCGUUUCUUGAGAACACAAAACAAGUGGAUGCAAUUUAGCUUAGUGGAACCUUUUUUUAUGGAUCGGUUUAAGGAAUUUUGACUGAAAUAUUUUUGGCGUUGUUGAAUUGUGUUAGAAGGUUCAAGAUGCUUCAUUGUAUGGUCAAUUAGUCAAUCAUUCUGUGGAAAGAAGUGUAUCGAUUAUUUAUACAAAUAGGACUUAUGUCGAACGUAAGAAAAACAUGGCAAUUACAUCUCUUGACAUUAUCUCCCGUUAGUUGUUCGUUCUUUGUCUUGUCAAUUCUUUUUUUAUCAUUUCUCGGAAAAGAAAAACCAAUGAGAUUUGCGAACUAAAAGAAAAGAAGAUAAAGAUCGAGAGAUACUACACAUAUUUUCUGAUCUCUCCUAGAGCUCGCAUUUGAUUGGAGUUCAUGUUUGGAGUUAAUAAUUUGUCUUAAAAGAAAAUUUCACAUGCAAAAUAUUUUCUUAAGCUUACGACAAUUUAUGUCUUGAGUUGAUUUGAGGAAAAUUUAGCCCUAGAGUACUGUAACUUGCAGUCCUGCUGUAACGUUAUGUUAGCAACAAGUCUAAGUACAUUAUAACCUCAAUGUUGAAUGUUGAAAGAAGACUGAUCUUUUUUUGAUAUCUAAGGAACUUAUCGUCUUUUGUAUGGUUCAUUCUGGUUGAUUUACAAGAAUGUAAUGAUCAAAAAACAUAUAAUCGUAACACAUUGUUUGAUUUCUCAUAAAUUGUAGUCUAGGAUAUCGAUAAACAAGAGGUGAAGAUGAAUGUGAAAUACAAGUGUCUGUGAUGGUCUAGUUUUCUGGCUUUCUGAGAUGAUCUUCGGAGCACGUUUCUGUUAUAUGUUGCUUGGACUUUUCAAAAUGUGCUACUUUUGGAGGAUCCAACACAGAUCAAGAGGCAUGUUUGAAGAGUCCGAACAACAUAGUUUCUAGUACCUAGAGAAUACUCUCGUGUACUUCUUGUUUGCAUUUCAGUCAGACAUAUGCUGUGAUGAUUUCUGCUAACCAACACAUGGCAAGGGAGAUUAUUUUGUCAUUCGGAAAAUGAUUUACUUCACUGUAUACCUGCAGGUUAAUCAAGGAUUGUAAGUCAUCAUUGCGUAAGUAUUUUUUGACCUGUUUUUACCUAAGUAUCAAAUCUGCACAGUGUUUUUUUCCGGAGCAGCAUGAAGCCGCCAAAUUUCAAUCUUGAAUCGGAAGACGAGUCCGAAGUCAGCAGCAGCCAAGUUGCCUCCAACACUUCUGUCCAAGAAAUUUCUCCUGAUUCUUACAAGGACAACACGACCAAUUCGUCCUGUCUAACGAACUCUCUCAAUCUUCAGCAGGAGUCAAAACCGGUUACACUUGAAUUGACUCUUGGCUUCAACAUCAGUGAUACCGAGUUGAAGGGCAAUCCCGAGGCUGGUGAUGAAGUUGUGCCUCCUCCUCCAGCUGCACCAGUAUCGAGGAUAUUCUCGUGCAACUUUUGUAGGCGCAAGUUUUAUAGUUCACAGGCUUUAGGAGGACAUCAGAAUGCACAUAAGAGGGAGAGGACUCUGGCAAAGAGAGCGAUGCGGAUGGGAAUGCUAUCAGAGAGGUACGCUAGCUUGGCAUCUCUCCCCCUUCACGGAUCUCCAUAUCGAUCUCUUGGCAUCCAAGCUCAUGCUUCCGUGCUCCAACGUGCCUCACAGCAACAAGAAAGGCAUAUGCAUGCUAUUAGAGGUGGGGCAAGAUUCGAACAAGGCUAUUUCGGGGUGCCAGUAUACAUGGAGGAUGAUGACGUGGAGAUGUUUUGGCCCGGGAGCUUCCGACAAGUUGAUGGGGUCGGUAACAACGUCGUGCUUAAUUCAGGUCAGAGGUCCAACAUAAAUUUUGUACCUAUGGCUCCACCACCUAAUAUUACAGAACCAUCAUUGCCUGAUCUCAAUUUGAAAUUGUGACACUCAUACCAUUCACAUUUCUAUAUCUAUUCCGACGUCCUCCUUUUCCAACAAAAAACGCGAUGUCACGUUGUCUUGCAUUCACGUUGUAUUGUACAGGGAGAUUGAUUGAAUUGAGAUUUCAAGUUUUAUCACCUUAGACUGUUUUUAUUCCUGAAAUGUGCUUAAUUCAUUACUUUGUUUAUAUAACUUGUACAAGAUUAUAAGGAAAUUUUCACAUUUUUGGGACACUAUUGAUUACCAUC